AUGACGUCCAAUGGAGAGAAGAUUGUCCGCAUGUCGUUGCUGCAGUCGCAGUCCGCAACGGCAAAGCAGGUCAACAGUGCACUGCCCGGACGCCAGUGGUCCGUGCUCGGAGCGUCUGCCGUGUUCGGUGCCUGGGUUGUCUUUCAGUGCAGUCCUGCCCCGUUCUCUGGUGCUGCCGUGUUGCUGGUGUUCUCGACAUGGGCAGCAAUCAAGGUGCACAUGGUCGCCAACUUUUGCCUGGGGGUUCCGGCCGACAGCGACAGUGAUUCAGAUUCGAGCUCAGAGGGAUGUUCUGCAGCAUCCAGUCUUCUUUACCAGGGUGAGCCGGUCAACUGCCUGCAGCGAGUGUUCAGGAGCUACUAUCUCUUCGACCAGUCUACCAGAGCAGUCGUGAAGGCGGUUGACCCGGACAUCACGUACCUUUUCAUUCAGAGGGGCCUCAAGACUUUGGCUCUCUACAACGGCAUGCUGCAGUUGCCUCAGCACGUUGAGUACAUCUUGCACGUGGAUGAUGACACGGUGCUGCCUGAAGAUAUGGUCUUCGACGAGAAGUGGUUUGAAGAUGCGUCCGUUGCAGAGGUUACUUACCCCUUCUUCCCUCGUGAAGAAAACCUUCUGACGUCGUGCAUCGGCUUAAUUUUCCGAUUGAAUUUCCACAUGUCUUAUCAGGUUGCGCUGCCGCGCGAGUCUGCCGCCACGCGCUCCGGAGGAUGCCUGGGGAUGGGCUGGGGAGAGGUAGAGAGGGCGGAGGAAGUCUUCGCGCCGCAGCGGCCCCGGCGCCGACUCGCGGGGGCGUUCCCGAGCCCGGGGAGCAAGCUGGCCGCUGGCGCGGCAUGGGGCCUGGGCAGAUUCCGCCGACUCGUCGGCGCGCCCCGGCUGUCCGACCCCAGGGUCCAGGACGCACCAACCGCUGAACGCGCGGUGGCGGACUUUGCGAAUGUCACGUCGGGCACAUCAUUGUGGGCGCCAGGCAUCGUCGGUCUGGUCCGGCGCAGCGCAUUCAUGAAAGUAUUUCCAGAUCACGUGUUCCUCCCAUUCGGAGAGGACGCAUUCCUCGGAACCCUGCUCCUUGCUAACAAUUGGAAGAUCAAGAGGGACAUGCGCUCAAACGUCGUGACGUUUGCCCCUCCCGUGUUCUUCACCCCAUGCGCGUCGAGUUCUCGGGAGCAAGGGUACGGAGCCACCUCGUUGUUCAAGCAAAGAGCACAAAGGUGGAUGGUGACGCAAUUGCGCCGUAUGACUUGGACAUUUUUGCUGCUCUUCACUUUCCGAGCAGGCAGCCUAUGGAGUAACAUUUGGUUUCGGAUCAUGACAGUUCAGGCACCGAUUGCCACCCUUAUCUCAUUGCUCGCCACUCCAUGGGCGAUCGUGACGGCGCUCUCCCAUCAAGGGUUGCUUGUGUGGUUUCCGUUUGUUUUGAGGGCGUGGACCGUGUAUUAUGUUGGGAGCGUGCUUCAGCUCCUUGUCAUCAAUUAUUGCUUCUGGCGGCAUCGGCCAGAUUACCAGAUACGCUGGACAACGAUCCUCUUCACACCAGUUGUGAACACGUUCAUCUCUCUCUGCCGCCCAGUCGGCCAUGCUCUCUCGGUCUUCUAUUGGAUCCCUUUCGUGCCAACACGAGUCCAUGUGUUCACGCACGGCAGUAGCAGCGGAGAAGCAUCGCAGCCCAUGAGGAGGAGGAGGAGGAGCAGAAGGAGGAGGAGGAAGAGAAGAUGGUAAUACCUACAGAAUGUUGCAUGCCGCGGGCCUUUCUCAUCCCGGCGUGUGCUGUAGCGAGCGAGCAGGCACCCAGCAGCGUGCCGCCCAUCGGACAGGAGCUCGCACCGUCCACGGCCAGGACUCUUCUCUUGGCCCGCCCCCGCGUGGCCCGUUCCAGACUCGCCAGGGGGGGCGAGGAGGGCGAGAUGUUCGAGCCUGCUCCGCUUGGGCUCCGCCCGGCCUUCCGUGGGCUCCUGCUGUUCCCCGACUCCCCCGUGGGCGCGCGGGCGUCUCCGGAGUCCGACCCGUCCGGGGGGUGGGAACCCGCGCUUCUGGCCACCACGCCGAGGGAGAGUCCACAGAGGCGGAGCUCAGCAGGGCUAUUUUCGAUGGUAGCCCAUUGGUUGAGGGCUGCGGCCGCGAUGCUGCGGAGUGCCCCGGCACAAUCGCCGCGUUUGGCCCUCGGCGCCCUGAGCAGCGGCCCCUCUUGCUGGACAGUCGCUCCCGUCUUCGUGCGCCUGGCAGGCAGGCAGACGGAGCGCAGGCCAGUAUUCUUAAGGGGACACGCGACACGCCCGACAUAACAGUAUCGUGGGCUGGUCCAUGCGAUUCACGGGCUGCUCGAGCCGUGCUCUCAUUCGCAGACAGCGGUCGUGCGCUCGUGGGAGUCUGAUUGUACCGUUGUGCUGCUCGGCCCAGCCCUCUGUCCACCGAGGCCGCACUGCUCUCUGGCGCGCGGGGCUCCUGCGGGGCACCCGUGUGCGGGUACCGCCCGCGGCACUGCUCGGGGUGACGGGUUUGCGCUCGCGCGAAUAGUUUCCUUUUCCGCCCACUGGUCACCUUCCUCUCUCGUUCUCCCACUCCCGUUCCCCCUUCCUCCUCGGCGGGUGGGCCUCUGCUUGAGCUAAACUGGAGGAAUUAUGGCCACGCUUGCAGGUUUCGUUCCCUGCGUAGGCUUGCCCGUUGUAUGCUCGUUGCGUGGCCGUGGUAGGCCAAUGUCCUUCCUGGACUCCUGCCUGCGAGGGUGAUCACGCUGAGACAAAUCUGCAUGCUGCAAAUAGUGCAGAGCUGCACCAGGCAAAGGCCCGCAAUUGGCGACCAACUAGAGUGUUCGGUAUUGCAUAGCAGUGCCACCUGAGGUUGGACACGGCUUCGUCAAAGACACCCCAAAAGAGCUACAACAGUGUCCCCAC